AUGAGAAGUAAAAAAAAGUGUCACGGCAUUUCGCAAAAAUUUUCUGACCACAAUGCUUCUUCAUUUUCAAAGCAGAGAAAUCAUUUCAGCCUAUCAAAUGCGAAGCAACGCUUGAGGGGUUCAAGAUUUCGUAGUUUGAACGAAAGGUUAUACACAUCUACAAGCCACGACAACUUUCUUUAUUUGCAAAAAAAUCCGAAUUUGUUUGAUGUAUACCAUGAGGGUUACAGAGAACAGAUUUCCAAAUGGCCAACUAACCCCUUGGAUGGAGUAAUAUCGUGGUUGGAGGGAAUCGACAAAGGAAAAAUCAUUGGAGAUUUCGGUUGCGGAGACGCGUUAAUAGCACGGACAUUUAGCGACAGAAAAGUUCAUUCUUUCGAUUUGGUAGCCCAAAAUUCUUUCAUCACGGCUUGCAAUAUGGCCAAGGUGCCCCUGGUUAACGAUUCACUGGACAUAAGCGUGUUCUGUCUCAGUUUAAUGGGACAAGACUGGCCACUAUUCAUUUUAGAGGCCACUCGCUGUCUCAAGCAAGGUGGUAUUCUAAAAAUCAUAGAGGUGACCAGUCGUUUCAAGAGUGUCCAACUAUUUCAAAAAUUUAUCAUGUCACUGGGAUACCAGAAUGAAAGCGACGAAGCGCCCAACGUGAGUUUGAUGUCAUGUGGCCUUUUAACUCAUGCAGGAAACAAGUUAUUUUACUUCGUUGCAGUUUCGAUUGUGCAAUAA